AUGCAGUUCUCCAUCUUCACCGUCCUUGCCGCUGCUGCCAGCUUUGCUGUUGCUCUCCCUGUAUGUGACGCCACUCCCACGGCCACUACUACCAGCGUCGCUGCGGACCCCUCCCCCACUUGCGGCAAGCUUGGAGAUUUCCACAAGACCACCGUUAAGGCUGGCCAGACCUUGACGACCAUCGCCGAGCGCUUCCACUCCGGUAUCUGCGACAUCGCCUGGCAGAACAAGCUCGCGAACCCCAACGUCAUCAACGUUGGCCAGGUGCUUUUGGUCCCCGUCAACGUCUGCAAGCCUGACAACACCUCAUGCCUGGUCCCCGAGGGUGAAGCUACCUGCGUCACUGGCGGCCCGGCCACCUACACCAUCAAGUCCGGCGACACCUUCUUCGUUGUGGCCCAGAGCCUUGGUAUCACCACCGACUCCCUCACCGGCGCCAACCCUGGUGUCGUCCCUGAAAACCUCCAGAUCGACCAGGUCAUCAACGUCCCUGUGUGCUAA